AUGAGAAACGCGGACUCCGCCUUUAUGGCAGGCUGCCUCAUGGAGGAGGACUGCUCAGACAUCGGUCUAGGAGUGACCGAGGAGGGUACCAUUCAAACUGGCACCGCCCAUCCUAUACGUGGCAGCAUUUCUCGCCCUUAUGCCCCGGUUCCCAACACCAGUAAUGCCAACAACGAUGCCAACAAGGGCAUCAGUGGCAAGAGACCCCAAACCCCAGAAAUGAUAGCUAGUCCUCUGCACCAACCAAUCGACAGUCCGAAUUGGGAGGUGCAGAACCCAGAAGGAACAGGUUAG